ACAAUAAAGGUCUUUGGUCUAUUCUAUUAACAUUGAAUAGCCAAUGAGUUUAUGUGAUAUAUCAUUUUAAGGACAAUGUCCAAAAUUGAACACAACAUAAUACAGACCUCGACAGCUGUUUGGCUACAUAUUUUGGAUACAAGUGUUCCGAGGACCUUCGACUCAUCAAACAUGUUAAUCUCUCUUUCUGUACCACCUCCCACGGUAUGUGAGAAAACUUCAGCUGAACAAGUACUGUGUAUAUAAAGAAGUAUUGAUUGUACGAAAUGUAUAUAGUCAAUUGAGACAUAAAAUUACAGUGAACCGUAGUCUUUUGAUUUUCAAUUAAGACAAAGCGUCGACAAAUGCAAGCGGCCAUGUGUUGGACUGUAGCAUUUUGUGUGUUAUCAAUUGCCUUCUUCAAUGUUGAGGGGCAGUUUUUACCCUCUGAAGAGAUCAUCGAACAGUUUCAACAAGUUUCCUGUACCGAUCUGUGCCCGCUGUACUGGUACCCGCACAACGGAAACUGUUACAGGUUCUUUGGAGUGGCGAUGUCCUGGCACGAGGCAGAAGCCCUGUGUAACAUGUAUGGCGGCCAUAUUGCCUCCAUCAGCAGCAGCGAAGAGAACACCUUUGUGUACCACUUCAUCUCACCGUUUGAGCGGGCCUGGAUCGGGCUAAACGAUAUGUACAAGGAGGGGACAUUUGUGUGGUCUGACGGUACAGACGAAACCUUCACCAACUGGGCCCCGAACCAGCCUGACAACGCUAACAUAGGAGAGCACUGCGGCGAGUUCUACAAUAACGCAGCUCCAGGCCAGUGGAACGACCUUCCUUGUAACCAAGAUCGACCAUUCAUGUGCAAGCUUCACAUGUGAUGAGUAUCUACAUCGAUCCCGUUGAUACUCCUAACCCACUAUCAACAACUCAUAGGCGCGAGAACAGACCAAAUAAAUACUUUGGGAUGAA